AUGAGGAGCUUCAAAAACGAUACUUCUCUACAAACUGUUUCAUUUGCCACUGUGAGUGAUAAUUUACACCAUCAGGUUCAGGCUGUAUGGGGUCACUUGAAAUCAGCGUUACAGAAAAUAUUAAGUACCAGGCAUCACGUAAAUACCCUUCACGUGCUUUCAGACGGACCAAAAUCCCAGUUUAGAAAUCGCAGAGGAGUGCUAAAAGAACUGCUUAUGCCCUAGUUUUACGAGGAAACGAUGUCAAUACAGCUGCAGAGUUUGUGCGUUCACUAACAAAAUUCAACUAUUUUACUCCAUGAAGUCACGGACGACGAAAUAGUUGCAACAAAAGACAUACCAAUACCUCAAAACAUAGAUGAUAUCCCC